AUGAUCUCGCGGUACCAUGUGUGCAAAUUAUUCAUAAUUUGCGCGGUACUCACGUGCAUUACCAACUUUCCCUCAGGCUUCACCAACUCAUCGGUGAACACGGCCGUUGAUGAGCUGGAACGCUUCAUCAACCAGUCGUACACGGACAGAGGAUGGAACAUGACAAAGGCUAGACAGUCGAUAGUGAAAAGUGCCAUUUUGAAUUGCUGGUUCGUCGCUCAAGUUGCGGGUUCUUUCAUAUCGCCUUAUAUCACUGACAAAUACGGAAGGAAGCGUAAGUUUUUACAUUAUUUUUUGAAAUUUUUGGGUAAUACUGCACGGUAGUUUUUAAAGAAGAAAUUUUGGGUAAUAAAUUUUGAAGAUUUUUCUCUGAGAGACCGCUUCAAACAUUUUUAUGGCUUUUUUCUCAAGACUUGUCAUAAACUUCUCAAGAAACAAAGCUUUACAGUGUAAAGUAAAUCUUUUUGUAUUUGUUACACUCUGCCUUGUGUACUUUGUACACUUGGUUUCACAUGUAAAUCAUACGUUUUUGAACUGAUCUGACAUGCUUCUUCCAGUCGCUUACCUUUUUUCCACUGCCGUUAUGACUUUCGCCUCAGGGCUUCAAUUCGUCGCCACCUUGACGGGUCUUCCUGAACUCUUGAUGUUGGGCCGUUUUACGGCCGCGAUCUGUUCUCCUUUGUCAGAUGCGGCGCUGAUUCUCUACUUGCAGGUAAGAGUGAUCGAUUGAUGUAAUCGCUUGUAAAACGGCGACGAAAGCUUAAAGUUGGAAGUUUAAUGAAGGAAAGAUGCGACGCAAUGCUUUUUAAGAUAUAAUUCUUAUGUCAAGAAGUGUAAAAAGCAUGGAAUUCCUUUUAUUUUGAUGUUUUACAUAUCAUAACAACGUUAUGUUGUUGAUGCUUAUGACAGAAAACAAUGACAGUAAACAUGUGGUUUUAGGAAUGCUCUCCACUUCAAUAUCGAGGCAUGUUCAGCUUCCUGGGAGAGAUUGGUUAUUGUUUGAUGUGUGUUCUGGGCAUGGUAAUGGGUAUGCGAGCGGUGCUGGGGAGUUCCCUGCCGAAGAUGCUUGGGUACUCCAUCAUUCCUGGCUUAGUUUCUUUGAUCUUCUUGUUUCUGAUACCUGAAACUCCAAAGUAUUUGAUGAUUGUAAAGUAAGUUAUACCGUUUGUUCUUUACGUUUCUUAUUUGUUUUGAAUUGACUUUAUAUGAUGAUGUUUAGUUGAUGAAUUGAUGCAUAGUUACUAUUGCAAUAAAUUAUAUUUAUUGUAGGCAUGACAGGAAGCAAGCUCUAGAAUCUCUACAGUUCUUCCAAGGCGACAAGAAAGAGAAUGAACAAUUACUCGAUGCCUUUCUACAGGAGGCUACUCACGACAAUACCAAAAAACGGUCAUCCAUCAAGGUAAGGAGAAAAAUGACGUCAGUUGCCGUAGUAGAAGAUCUUUUGAUUGAAGUUAGAGAUUAUUGAUAAAAGGGAAAAAAGUUUUGAGUAAAUGUUCUUAUGGUAGCCAAGUUUAUUGAAGGGGUGAUUUUUUUUCAAAAUUUUUUAAAUUGAAAUGUUCGUACUUUUUUUAUUUAAUAUUUUUUGGGGUUUUCUUAACUACAGUAGUUUACAAGGACUUUGCGAUUUAAAACGAAGAAUUUUUAUCACAACCUGACAGCCUUCAUUGUAAUGUUUUACUUUACUUUAAACCGUUGUUAGCUACCGUACUCUUUUAAAAUAAGCUUGUUACAACUUUAACUACUUUAUACGAUAGGUUUAUACUUAAAUUUUUAGUAUUGUAAAAAAUUUAUGUCGAAAGGAUCUGUAGAUUCUUACUUAAGCUGCUUUUUUAAUUUACGCUUUAAGGAUACCUCUGCUAAAUUUAAUAUCUUUGUAUUUUAGGAAGUUGUAAGAACAUGGCAUCUGCGCUUUGCCGUCGUACUAGCUUGUACGGUGCUCAUCUUGACAGUACCCUUCUACCCCUUCCUUCAGUCCUCUACAUUGUUCUUCAGACACAUUGGAAUCAAGGCUGAUCUGGCAGAGCUGUCCUCGACCUUGCUGAUGAUCGCUUUUACUGUCGCUUGUAUUGUGGGAUCAUUCUUCAUCGACCGAUGGCCUCGACGCUUCUUGGUGAUGGGAUCCGGAGCUCUGGCUACCACUUUCUUGAGUUUGUUCGUGUUGUUCUCGGUCACGAGGUCGUUUGACUUCAGAUUCAAAUACGCAGCGUUGGGAGCUGUGUUCGGAUACGCUAUCACUUUUGGGUAAGAUUUUAAAAUUGUUUCACAAAGAUCAUUUGGUAAACUCACUUCCUUCAUGUUAUGUUGGUGCUGUUUCGGUUCCAAAUAAUCAAGUCAUGUUUCAACGACAAACGACCCGGAGAAGUUUGUCGCUGAUCGACGAACUGAAUGAAAGGAUUCCAAUGUCGUCGAUAUUAAUAUUGUCGCUUUCAGAAUGGUUUUGGGCCCGAUCUCUUGGUUCGUCGCGCCUGAACUCGUUUCGCAGCGUCAUCGGUCGACGGUCUUUUGCUUAUGCUACGGUAUCAACAACAUUCUGAUUGCGAUCACCAACUUCGCCACUGUCCCGCUCUAUGAUGUAAGUUCAAAUCGAGGCCAUCUUCUUUGUUUUAUGCAGAAUUUGUGCAUAAUAUGAAUUUAAAAAUGACAAUUUUUGUUUUUUUCUCAAAAACUACAUUUAAUCUGUUGUUUAUAAUAAAAAGGUUUACAAAAGGUAAAAACAUAUUGUUCCUUUUUAUAUCUUUAUACGUUUCAGUUGAUUGGAGCCUACACCAUGGUACCGUUGUUCAUCAUACCCUCAAUCGUAUGUCUGGUGGUCAUCGGCCUGUAUCUGCCAGAAACCUUGGGCAAAGAAACCCACGAGAUCGUGCACGGAAUCAGAGAGCGAAGGAAACAGUCCGUCGUCCACUCGGAUUCCUCGUCUGGAACGGAUUCUGAUUCCGAAAACGAGCUUCAAGAACUCAAAGUUCACGAGAAGAAGCCUGACAUUAGUUUACCUUAA